GUUGCAUUGCUUAAACAUCCUGCAGCAAGGAAAGCAAUGGGAAUUCCAGAGAUGAUAACCCAUCCAAGUUCACAAGAUCCUGGUGGUUUUUGGGAUAACAUGAAAGCAGGUAUGUUGCCAGCCUUGCUCCCAGGGCUUUAAGGGAAGAAACCGUGGGAAUGCAUAGAAUUUACCACAGGUAGUAAAUCAUGGAGUUAAUUCACACAUAAACGGGGAGAAAUACAUAAUCGAGGCUGCAAAAAAAGUGACUUGUGAAUAUUGAAAUGACAUGGCACAAUUACUCUUGCAUCCUUGGAACUCUCUAAGCAAACAUCAACUACCAUGACUAGUCUAGCUAAUUUUAAAUUUUCCCUUAGAUGUGAACUUUUAUCAAAAUAUUUUAGUUAAAAUAUAUCAUCAGGCUUAGUUACGCUCCUAUUUUGUAAGUAAUUUUUGUACGUAAUUUAAGUUGUAUUCUUCUUUUUUUCCUGUAUGUUAGUAUAUACUGUAGUUUAUGUUGUAAAAUCGCGUCUUUCCUCUAAUGAAGAGGAAAGAUGAAGCAAAUUUUCAACCAAUCAGAGGUACAACCCAGAUCUGGGUAGUGACGCGUCAUCAGUAUGGAAUUUCUGCGCUCGUUUCUCAGACGUCAUUUCGCGGGGACACCAGUGGUGGCGUAGCAAAAGGUCGGCUGUUUUCUCAGGCUGAUAAAGGGGGAUGUUCUUUAAAUCCUGCCUUUUAUUUUGCAGGCUACAAGAACUCUCAAGAGGUCGCCUACAUAAAGCACGCGGAGAAGAUGAAACACCAAAGACAGAAAGCGCUCGGAGAAGCACCACUGGAACCCACUUAUGAAUUCAACCCCAGAAUAAAAGCAAACAUGGAAAUGUUUCAUGAUGAUGCACAGGCCAACCAACUGAACGACAAUCUUGGUAUCCCUGAGCAGAAAGCUUACGUGGAUCCCGAUUUUAAACCUAAAAGGGUAAAAUUCAACCAGGAGAUCUUCAGUGCACAGAUGCACAGAAAAGUCAAGAAAGAACAACGGAAGAAAAGAGACCAGCUGAGGAAUAGACCCGGUGCAACUAUGUGA